UGGUUGGCUGGCUGCCAUCAGAGGGAAUCAGUUUGCUAGCGGAACAACAACAGCAGCAGCAGCAGUGGCUUGUACAGAUUCGGCUUUACUUAUUAGCCUGAAACCGAGAUUUGUUUAUUGCAAUUCCACGUCUAUAUGGAGAAGAAGAUGUGCUCUCUCAUGGAAUGACAACCUCAGAGAUACUUUGACUCCGAACCAGCUGCUCAAAUCGCUGACAUGGAGUGGCAGACGCCAGCUGUGUCAGAGAAGUUCCAAAGCCGAUUUGGCCGCCGUCCUGGAACAUCUGACAGCGGGGACACCGGUCUUGGCACUUCAGCAUCUGACAGCACAGAAGAUUUCUGCAGUUCCAGCAGCAGUCCCUCUUUCCAACCCAUCCGCAAUCAGAACCCCAUUCCCACUGCACAUGUCAUGCCAUCAACAGCGGGCGGCCCGGCCUCAAAUCACCAGUCGUUUGGUCAGGAAGACGCCUUGUCCUCCGCUGAGGGUCACAGAUCUUCAUCAAGCUCAAGAACCACGAGUGGGUCCAUAUCAAAGUCUUCAUCGCUCUGCAAGUCUGCGUCUUCUCCCAACUUGGACGCUCAGGACGGAAUGGGGGUUGAUCCUGUGAGAGCCAGGCCAGACUGCCUGAGCCGCUACCGCAGUCUCAUAAACGGACUGGACCACUCGCUUUUCCCCUCAGACCGUACACGGGUGGAUGAAGGACAGAGGUUUGAUACUCCUGACGUGGAACCUACGCUAAACCAGUCGGCACUCAUAGGGGGGCUCUGUCCGGAUGGAAGACACCAGUUACAGACGACAGGGAUUAGAGAGGCUGUGGACUGUGCGUCUGAUGCCUACAGAGGAGGUUUGGAGCACAGCUACAACGUUCUUCCUGAAGCGAGGCCUGGUCUCUCUGGAACAUCUGAUCCCUGUAAUCAAAGGGGCAGUCAACUCGGUGCCGCAGGACUUUAUUCCAACCCUCUCAGUCUGCAGACUCAAGCUUUGCUGAGGGAGCAUGUAGGCCCCAAAGGGUUCGAUCCUAUGCGGCAGGACAGAUGCAGUGAACUUUCCAACUGGCAGCAAAAGCAGCACCUGGAUAGUUUGCGCUUGCAGCUGGAACAAAUGCAGUUAAUGAAUGCAGGAGUGGGUCAGUACCCGUCUUUGUAUUCUACACCGAUGCAGUCGGUGUCAGGAAAGUGGGACGCUCUGGUCAAAGCCAGUGAGAGUCUGCUGAAAGAGAAGGAGCUGAUUAUCGAGCGACAAAAGCAACACAUGGCCCAGCUGGAACAACGUUUGAGGGAAAGUGAGCUGCAAGUCCACGGGGCGCUUCUGGGCCGGGGAACAUCUUUUGGGGACAUUUGUAUGCUGCGUCUUCAGGAGGCUCAGAGGGAGAAUGCCUUCCUGAGGGCUCAGUUCAGUGAGCGCACCGACUGUGUUGCCCUGGAGAAAGCAGAAGCAGAACGGAGGCUGGGGGUAGUUGAGGCGGAGACGCAGCGCCUGACGGGGAGUUUGAAGGAGGCCUGUGAGAAGCAUGCAGAGGAAAUGAAGAAACAGGAAGAGAGGAUACGCAGUCGAGACAAACACAUCAACAACCUAAAGAAAAAGUGUCAGAAGGAAGCAGAGCUGAAGAGAGAAAACCAGCAGCGCAUCGAGACUCUGGAGCGGUACCUGGCCGACCUGCCCACCUUAGAGGACUACCAGAGGCAGAAUAAGCAGCUCUUAGAGGCUGAGGAGCAGGCGGCUCAGCUACAAGAGAGGGUCACAGAACUGGAAGCCAGCCUGAAGACGAAGACCUCACAACUGCGAGGGAAAGAGACACAGCUGGAGGAACAGAAACGAAGGGAGAGGGACCUGCUGACAACCAUCACUGACAUGCAGCAGCGGGUGCAGCAGGGUCUGGAGGAUGGAGCCCGGUUGCCCUGCCUGGAUGUUGACAAACUGAGAGGGGAGAACAACGCUUUAAGAGAGGAACAGCAGAAACUCCGAAAGGUUAUUGAGAAGCAACUUAAAAUGAUGGAGCAGCUCAACUCUCAGAUUAAGGCUUUGGAAGAGCAGCUAUCUCAGGAAGAAGGCAGCUCCCAGGCUCUCAGAGAAGAGAUGUCGGCCAAAGAGCAGAGCGUGUUGGAGCUCCACGUGGCCAUGAAGCAGCUGUCUGCCCAGAAUCAGGAGCUGAUGGAGAAGAAUCUGACGCUCCAGGAGCAGAUGAACGAUCCAGAGCAGAAGAGCUCCAACCAGGCGUCGUCCGUCCUCCAACCAGCAGGAGCUCAGCUCACGCAGAGGCUGCUCUCCGAGAUCGCCUCCUGCCUUAGCGACCUGCGCUCCCUGUGCAGCAUUCUGACUCAGCGGGCUCAGGGACAGGACCCCAACCUCUCGCUGCUGCUGGGUCUCACCUCACCUCCUGCGGGGACGGAGCAGAACGAGGACUGGAUGGAUCCAGACGUGCUGCAGAAGAAGUUGGUGGAGGCCCAGCAGCUCCGUCGGGACGUGGAGGAGCUACGCAACGUGAUCCUGGACCGCUACGCACAGGACAUGGGCGAAAACUGCAUAACCCAGUAAACCCCAACCCCACAGAAGCCCUCCUUCCCCUCCGCCGCGUCACACCAGCAAGUCUUUUCUCCAAGAGGAACAGAUUUAGUUUCUGAAAACGAGGACAAAGACGAGCCCAGAUGGGUCAGCUUCUGCCUCUCUGUGUUGACUGAAUGACUGAAGCCUGUUAGUAGCUGAACUGUCUCAUCACUUUGGCGAGUUAGUGUGCUUCACUUUAAGGGCUAACAGAAAGUGAACAUAACUUACCUCUACUACUUGAUCCUUUAAAGCGUUUAGUGAUUUGAAUCUUGCUGACACCGUGCUGUAAGUUACCAAACAGUCUUACUCUUCCUGCUCCAAACUGGCAGCGGACUCUGUCCUGCAAAUGUAACUUAUUGAAAUCUCAACUUCCCUCUUUUGGGGAAGGAUCCUUAAGUGGUUGACAAUCAACUGAGUAUAUUUUAACCCGUGCUUUAUGACUGAUGCGCUGUUAUGUAAAGACUCAACAGAGAGGUUUAACAACCAAACAGCUACUCGCACCAACAAGCCUACGAGAACAUUUAAACCAAAGAAACUCUGGUUCUAGCUGUCACUCAAAUGUGUCGGUGUUCACGCUGCAGCAGAACACCGACUGAACACCAGCAUGUGCCUUCGUCCCGUUUUGGAGGCUCAACUCCUUUAGUUUCUGACCAACAGGAAGGACUGCCUGCACCCGGCUCUUCCAUGGCAAGUUUUCCUGUCAGUGCAUCAACCAGUAGGACAGCCAACACAUUCCCAGACUCUGAAUGUAGACGCUUUCACUCCUGCUAGAUCAAUGCAUCAAAGGGAAAGGUUUCUGAGAAACAGUGUUAACUGUCAGUAUUUAUUUGUCUGCUUUGAAAGCUUUCAGGGGUUCAGCAAACCUGUGUAAUAGUUUGCUAACAUUCAGACGUGAAGGUCCCAUGAAAUGGAUUUUAGAUGUGUUUUUAUUUAAUUGUGUUGUGUUUAAAAGAAGCCGUGUUGAGGCGAUGGGAAGGGCUGGCUGGAUCAUCCCAAAAGACAUUGUGGGGGAAAAGUUCUACUGUCUUAGAGUACGAGUGGUGCAGAAAAACCGUUGUGCAGGAAGGAAUUUGAUUAAAAAAUAUGCAAGAAGUGAAGAAUUUGUCUUAGGAACAUUGAAGCCAUAUUUCAUUUCAUGGGACCUUUUAUCUCUCGAGUAGCACAAAGUUUGACUCAGAAAGUCUCUGCAGCCUUAACGCCUCCAAUUUUUUGCUAAAGGGGAAAAAAGACGUUUAUAUUUUCAUACUUUUGUUCUUGUUUGUAUUUGCAUAUUUUAGAAAUAAAGAUUUUCAAGAUUUGGUUUUCAA